AUGAAGACGUUCGGCGGACUCUUGGCCCUCCUCCUCUUCCCACUCGCCACUCGAGUCAUGGCGGCACCCACCAACGGCACCAUCAACGCCGUGCGCGACGCGCUCAAGUUGCACGCCCGUCAGGGUGGGCCACAGGCGACUGUCUUCAGCCAAUGUACCGUUCCCAACCGUGUCGCGCUGACUUUUGAUGAUGGACCGUACUGGUACACCGAACAAGUCGUCGAUAUCCUCGACAACGCAGGUGCCAAGGGAACAUUCUUCGUCAGGUCCUGCAUCUACGACACCGAAAUGUCGCGACAGCUCAAGUACGCAUACGACCAAGGCCACCAAAUCGGUUCGCACACAUGGGCACACGAGAACCUCGCUACUCUUAGCUGGGAUGACAUCCAUCAUCAGAUGUGGUUGGUUGAACAGGCCGUUAUGCGUAUCACGGGCGCGUACCCUGCCUUCAUGCGACCCCCGUUCGGAAGCUACAACAAUCUCGUCCUCGAAGCUUCGUACAUCCGUGGUCAGCACGUCGUGAUGUGGGAUAUGGAUUCGGGCGAUAGUGUGGGCGUCUCCAUCGCGGACCAAAAAGACCGAUUCGACGAUCUGGUUACGAACUUGCCUUCUACUGCUCUCACUCUCCAGCAUGAUACUCAAUCCAAGAGGUCCUCCCGCACGCUAUUACCGCCCUCCAGGGAGCAGGCUACCAACUCGUCACUGUCGCUGAAUGCUUGGGCAUGUCGCCGUACCAGUGGGUCGGGGCUCCUCACACUCGAGACGCGAGCUGGGUUUGUUAAAUCGGCUCUUACCACGAACGUUAACCCUGCGGUUACGAAGUUCAGUUGGGUUGGGGACUUUUGCAACGUCCUCCGAUCUACCUGA